CGCAUCAAUAAAACUAGUUUGCCCGGUGACGGCUCGAGUACUUGGCCGUGAGAUUUGUUGUAUUGUAGUUAAAUUUUAAAGAUUCUUAUUGUUUCGUGUUAAUAUAUUUUUGUGAUAGUGAAUUGAACAAUUGUUGCAGAAAUGGCACCUGUCGGAGGUUGGAUGUGUUGUAGCCGUAAAACCAAGUCAGUAGCACCGCUAGAAACGACAAAAGUAAUCCCAGUAGACAAUAUACCAGCAGGAACAUACGACUAUGAUCUGGCUGUAAUCGGAGGUGGCUCCGGUGGACUGGCCUGCGCCAAGGAGGCUGUGAACUUGGGUGCUAAAGUGACUGUGUUGGACUACGUCACACCCUCACCGCAAGGCACCAAGUGGGGCCUGGGAGGAACCUGUGUUAAUGUAGGAUGUAUUCCGAAGAAGCUUAUGCAUCAGGCUGCUUUACUUGGAGAGAGCAUACAUGAAGCGGUUGCAUACGGUUGGGAGGUGCCCUCACUGGACGCGAUCAAGAUAAACUGGCCAGCGCUAACUGAGGCUGUACAGAAUCACAUAAAAUCUGUGAACUGGGUGACCAGAGUUGACCUGAGGGAAAAGAAAAUAGAUUACGUUAACGGUUUGGGUGAGUUUAAGGACCCCCACACGCUGAUAGCGACCUUGAAGAAUGGAUCGAAGAAGGAGAUCACGGCUAAGAAUAUUGUGAUCGCCGUGGGCGGUAGACCGCACUACCCGGACAUUCCUGGGGCGGUCGAGUACUGCAUCAGCAGUGACGAUAUCUUCAGUUUAGGUCAUCCUCCCGGGAAGACCCUGGUCGUCGGAGCUGGAUACAUCGGCUUGGAAUGCGCCGGAUUUUUGAACUCUUUGGGUUACCCGGCCACCGUGCUGGUCCGAUCGGUGCCACUCCGCGGCUUCGACCAGCAAAUGGCCCAGGCGGUAACCAGCGAGAUGGAACAGAAGGGAGUCGUAUUCCACAACAAGUGCGUACCGCUGUCCGUGGAGAAGCUGGAGACCGGUCAGUUGAAGGCGCGCUGGCAGAACACGGAGACCCAAGAGCGGGGCGAGGAUGUGUUCGACACGGUGCUGAUGGCGACCGGCCGGUACGCCCUCACCAAAACCCUUAACCUCGAAGCGGCAGGAGUGACGUGUGUAUCAAACAGCGGGAAGAUCAUAGCUGAAACCGAACAGACCAACGUCUCUAACAUAUACGCGGUGGGCGACGUGUUGGAGGGGAAGCCUGAGCUGACCCCCGUGGCCAUCCACGCGGGCCGGCUGCUGGCGCGCCGGAUGUUCGCCGGGGCCACGCAGCCCAUGGACUACGACAACGUGGCCACCACCGUGUUCACGCCGUUAGAGUACGGCUGCGUCGGGCUAAGCGAGGAGACCGCCCUGGCCAGGCACGGCGCCGACAAGGUGGAGGUGUACCACGCGUUCUACAAGCCGACGGAGUUCUUCAUACCGCAGCGGAAUAUCCGCAACUGCUACCUGAAGGCCGUGGCGCUCCGGGAGGCGCCCCAACGUAUCCUCGGGCUCCACUUCGUGGGGCCGGUCGCCGGCGAGGUCAUACAGGGCUUCGCAGCUGCCGUCAAAUGCGGCAUAACUAUGGAGCAAUUGAUGAACACGGUCGGCAUUCACCCCACGGUGGCCGAGGAAUUCACCAGACUCAACAUCACCAAGCGCUCCGGCAAGGACCCCAACCCUGCGUCGUGUUGCAGCUAGACACCCCCACCCCCCGCCCGCAGCCACCCCCCACUGAACCAUCAUUAUAUCAAGUUAAGGGCACAGAAUAAAUAAGUGAUUAACAAAGUACGCCCUAUUUCUUUCUUCAGAACUGUUCGACAAGUAUGGAUGGCAUCUCUACUAAAAGAUUUAUCAUAAUUUUCACAACCUAUAAAAGUCGUGAAUCGCGCUAUCGACAUUUUCAAGACAAAUUCCGAACAAGAACGUUUGGGCAGUCGACGAACUGAACUAAAACAUUAUUUGAAAAAUGUAAACAAGUAUUAAUAGUUAUGUGAUUAGUAAAAUAUUUUGCCACAGCGCAUUAUCGUCACAGAAGAUCCAAAAAAUUACAAAUAUUGUUUUUAUUUAUAUAAUGAACAAAUCUUUUAUCUACCUACAGAUUAUCUAAAAAUAAUUUAAAAAAAUUGUUUUGUAGUACUAUUAUAAUUAAUUACUGAACUAAACGAUUCUAAUGCCAGUGCGACAUCUUGCGGCGUGGGCACGCACCUUCAUACGCGUAAGGAUACUGUUUGACUGCACUAUGUUGUUAUUAUUUACGCACCAAUUGUAUUAUUGUUGAAUGUACUUUAGCUGUGUCAUCGAUCGGAGGAUUUCACUCAUCGAACUAAUUAAAUACCACAGUCGCUAUAUUGGCGCGCUGUGUUUGCUACUUUGUACAAAAUGUUUAAUUCAACGUUAUCGCCAUUUUUGUGUCGACAAAUGAUUUUGAUAUGUUUGUGGGUUCAAGUGUUUUCGGUUAAAAUAUUAAAUAGAAUAAGAACAGAAGGGCACAGCCCAACGGGGCAACGCCCUGUACUGUUUUUUUGUUUUGGGAACAAAAAUUGAUCAAAUUAAAUUUAUUUUCUUGUUGUAAGCUUUGGAGUGUUACCAACAUUGAAAACUUAAUGUGGUGCUGGUUUUGUAAACUAGAUGUCGCUGUUAACUUGUGCAUGUAACAUUUGACUUAUGUAGCGCCGUUUGUACAUAAUUGUUGGUUGUCUAUCCAGUCACAUUGCUAAUGGCGAUACUUCUAAUUCAUUAACUAUAGUAGAAUUAUUUUGUCCGUACAGUUUGGGUCAUAAAACAUAGCCCGGCUAGGGCGGUGAGCAUGUUGCGCGGGCGCAACGCCAUUAUCGAUAAAAACAAAUGUGUCAUCGAAGGCAGGCACACGGCGGCUGGGUGGUAUACGAAGGGUGGUGAGACAUUGUUAUGUUAUGAAUCGUUUGUACUUACCUGCAAAUUAUAGUACAUCAUGUCGAAGAGAAAUGUGCUUUUAUG